AUGAUGAAUGAAUACGAGAGGUGCAACGACCCCAAUGGCGUGACGCUCCAUAAGAAAAAUACGCUGCGGGGGACGCGGCGCGGCAAAGCGCGACUGCGCGUAAAGAUUGUCGGCGAGACGUACUGGAUCGAUCUGCGCAACGUCAUCUACGCGCCGAAGCUGGCCCAUAAUCUCAUCUCCCUCGGCACACCCAUGCUACACGGCUGA